AUGCUUCUCCCUAUGCUUGGAGUUUACCAGGAAUAUGUGCGAAAUCAUCACUAUUCCUUACAGGUGCUGGCUGAGUACAAGCAAAAGGUCGAAUUUAAUCGUCUCCUGAAGCGAUAUGAAGAAAAGCCAUCAUGCGAGGGCAGAUCUCUCGAAUCAUUUCUUACCUACCCGAUGCACCAGGUAAUUAAUACCGGGAAAAUGGUUCACAAAUAUUCGUUACAAUAG